UCAGGCUCAGGUUCAUUACCGUGUGGUGUCACAGCCUCCAGAAUCCAUCCAUGCUUCCAGCUUUAUAUUCAUAACAGAGAAAGAUGGCAGGCUCAAGGUUACCGGCCGCUGCGCUCACUUUAAAACAGUUCCUACAGAGGCAGAGAGUUUUGGGGAUUUACAGAAACAUGCUGAGGACCAUACGGAAGGUUCCAGACGAGACAGACAGGAAGUACCUCAGAGACUGGGCCAGAGACGAGUUCAAGAGGAACAAGACCGCCACAGAUCAGGAUGCCAUCCGAAUGAUGAUCACACAGGCUAACAACCACCUGGAGGAGCUGCAGACGUCUCUGGCGUUGGCUGGAAGUUAAACACUGUGUCUGCUCUCUGAUGCAGAUUCUAACUCUUUGAUACUGUUCAUGGUUGUUGAUUAAUGGGACUGACCUGAUUGUGAACAUCUUUGACUGAUGAUGACUGAAACUGUGAGCCCACCUGACACAAUCUUGUUUGAAUUGUAUAUAUAUGUAUAUUUAUGUAUGUAUGUAAUAAACAGGAACA